ACCACGUGACGGGCACGGGACAAUAACACAAUAGUCACGCAAAGCAAACGCUCCUAGAAUAUUGCACUCUCCACAACACACCUUUAAACAUGCCAGUAGCUCGGGAAUCCACGGAUCCGUCCAUCUACACCGUACCACCACCUCAGCCAACAAAGAGAAAGCCAGGGCAGUUAUCUACAGAGCAGCUAAAGCAUUUCUUUAAGGAGGGCUAUGUAGUUGUUCCCAAACUGUUUACACCAGAGGAGCUGCAGCCUGUGAUUGAUGCCAUUAACUUACAAGUGGAUGAACUGGCUGAGGACUUGUAUGCAAAUAAAAAAAUUAAAGAUAAACAUGAAAAUGCUGGCUUUUAUGAAAGGCUCACAUUGCUGGAAAAAGAAUUUCCUGGUGUGGCUGUGUUACUCCAUAAGAGAGGAAUCCUUCCAAAGGCUUUUCAGGAUUUGUGGACAAAUGAAAGACUUCUUAAUGCUGUGGAGCAAAUAAUUGGUCCUGAGAUCAGUGGGCACCCUGUGUGGAAUCUCAGAACUAAGGUUGUCAAAGGUGGUCAUAGGAAAGGAGCAGUGGCUACGCACACAUGUUGCGCCGGUCCCACGUGGUAUGUGAUGCUGGAUGAAGAAGAAAUGGAGAGCUCUCUAGGUGUGUCUAUUAAAGAGGACGUAGUACUUUGUGAAGUCCCAUUUGGCGGAGUACUUUUCAUCAAUAACAUGAUUCCUCACAGAAGCCUUGAGAACUUCUCUGACAAAAUUCGGUGGAGUCUUGAUUUGCGUUGGCUUCGCCCAGAUAAGCCAAACGGCUUCUACGGGCUAAAGGAUAACAUCCUAAUGAGAACUUCAAAAGACCCAAAUUUCAAGCCAGAUUUUGAAAGCUUUGCAAAGAUGGACCGACAUCUACUACAAGAGAAAAUCAGCGAGGAGCAGGCUAAAGAAGACAGGUUCAGCACUGUUGUAGCUGGCCCCUGGAUGAGCAACUGGGAAAUCGUGCAUCACAACAAGCAUUCAGACGCAUGGUUAGCAAUACGUGACAAACCUAAUGGUUUAAGUUCAAGUUGGCAUGCUUGAAACAAAAGGAGCACAGAGAUACCCUUAUGGGCAGCCAGCUAGCAGUUCCAACUCUAGGUAGCAUGUUAGCAUAUUAUGUAGCUUUUACAAAAUAACUCUUUAUGGCAGUCUGAAGGUGACGAAAUAAUACAUUUAGAGACAGGGGAAAGUCAACCAUGGUUUCCACUUCCAACUUUUGGGGGGUUCCGCUUUACGUUCCAGAAAAGGUUUUGCACCAGGUGUAUAAUAAGGAGUUCUGCUGUCAAAAUAAUCGAAAAAUCUUAAAUAGAAGAGUCUUAUUGAGGAGUACAUUUUAAGAAGUUUCGCUCGUUUGGUAUAGGACAGUUUACCUUUUUUUGGUCUAGAGCCUAUAAAAACUUGAAGUUUUUGUACGAGGCAGAGCAUCCUUGCGUCGCGCGUUUCCAGGGAGCGGUAGCACAGGGUGGAAAACAAUGUUAUGAAAGAAUACGAUGUCCCAUGAAUCCCUGAAAUUCUUCCCUUGUGUAGUGCUAUUGACCUGGAAGCACAAUAAAAUAAGGGUAGUCUCCA